UUUCGGUUUCUCACUAAAAAUAGGAAUUUAUUGCCUAAAAAAAAUAUUAAAAAUAAAUGUCACUGUUUACCUUUUUUCUGACAACAUAACCUCUUUGACAGCUGUCAGGAAACGACGGAGUGACUAGAGUUCAUUUAUUUAAAAAAAACUGCAACCAAUGAUUGGCCAUUCUUGACUCUACAAACGUCAUCUGUCAAAUAAUGACGUGACCUUGGCGGUACCCGAAGCUCAUUUCAAUUUUUGUAAUCAAACGGGUAAACCACAACAGCUUAGGGGGGAACGCCAACAUCAAUAGCCCUAAUAAACCGUUUUUCCAUUAAUUUUGUGCCGUUUUUCACUUAUUUUCAAUUCACGAUGCCCCCGAAGAAGCGAGAAAAGGAGCUGGAAGUGCCGAAGAACCCCCGCAUAGAUCACAUACAGGCCGACCAUGAAUUGUUUUUGCAAGCAUUCGAAAAGCCUACUCAAAUAUAUAGGUACUUACGGACUAGAAAUAUGUGCUCGCCAAUAUUUCUAAAUCGAACCCUUACAUAUAUGAAGCAUCGAAUGUCUCGCAGUAAUAAAGCUAGGGCAAGCUUUAAGGUGGACAAUUUGCUCCAGAAGUUAUCGGCAAAAAAGGACAGUCACUUUAUACAAGCUGGAUAUAUAAAUUUAACUUUCUUAGGUUUUAAUAGCAACUCAUUAAGCAAUGAAUCGGACUUUGCUCAAGUAGAAACUAUUUUGCUAAAAAUAACCCAUAAGAAAAGAAAAGACAGUUCGGCCACUAGCAUGCAAAUUACUUUAGGUACUGCCGAUGUACCCAUAAACCCAUUGGAGGGACGCAUGCCUUUAACUGCACCAACUAUAAGUAUCCCCAUAGAAUCUUUUAGUAAUGUCAACGGGCCUUUGGUGAAAAGUUUUGUUUUGGUGUUUAAGGUUAAGAUCCCAGUGGAGUUGGAAAAUAGUGAUUUGGAUGAACCGGCGGCCAAGAAAAGAAAAUCUAGUGGAGAAUCUCCUACGAAACUAUACAGUGCCGAGCUCACCAUUUACGAUAAACACAAUCGGUGCUACUUAUCAGAUGGUGACUAUGACAUCGUAGUGCAGGAACUGAGCAAUAUCCUGACCCAAAAAAAAUCCCAAAAAAAGCACUCGAGCUGGGAAAACGUGGGCGAUCUGAUGGAAACUUGCGGCAACAUCGACUCGUUUAUCAAAGGGGCCAUUUUAAAAUUUAAAUUGAAUUGGAGCGACGAGGCGUGCGCCAAAUUCGUGGAUAGACCGGCCCUGUAUCCGCUGGAUAAUAAGGAGAAUAACGCUGGAUUGGCUAAUGGUGAAUCUACUGAGCAAAAACUACAAAUCGUCUAUCAAUUCGUCUACAACAACAACUCUCGCCAGCAAACCGAAGCUUGCGAGGAUCUACACUGCCCGUGGUGCUCGUUGAACUGUCACGAGCUCUACACCCUUCUGAAGCACCUGAAAUUGUGCCAUUCCAGAUUCACUUUUACUUAUGUUCCUAUUAAUGUCGGGGCCAGAAUCGAUGUCGCUAUAAACGAAAUGUAUGACGGUAGUUAUGCUGGUUCACCGCACGAUUUAAUCACCCAACCCUCGGUGUGCGCAUUUUCGCGUAACGGUCCCGUGAGGAGGGCCUGCGUCACUCACAUUCUCGUUUGUCAUCCCAAGAGGCCCAAACCGAGUUUAUCGGAGUUUUUGGAGUUGGAUGACUGUGAAUACGAUGGCCAGAGGCCGUUUAUCACCGGACAUAAUCGGUUAUACCAUCACACGACUACGUGUUUGCCAAUUUACCCUAAGGAAAUGGACAUUGAUUCGGAAGGGGAGAAUGAUCCGGAGUGGUUGCAGAAUAAAACCGUUAUGAUGAUUGACGAGUUUACUGAUGUCAACGAAGGCGAAAAAGAACUAAUGAAAAUGUGGAACCUGCACGUGAUGAGAAACGGUUUCGUCGGCGACUGUCAAAUCUCCGUCGCCUGUCAACUGUUCGUGCAACUGCGCGGCAAAGAGCUCCUCCUCAAAAACCUCUAUCGUAACUUCGUCCUGCACAUGACCUCGAUGUUCGACUUCGGCCUGAUCAGUUCCGUUUGCCUGUACACCACGCUGCAAAAGUUACAGCAAAUGUGCGAGGAAACGAACGAUAUCCGGAACGUGUUGAAACAUUCGCGGGAGAGACAGAUGGACACGUUUAAGAGCUCGUUGGCGCAGUCGUCGCCCCCCGUUUGUUCGGAGAGUCCCAAGUUGACUGCGCAGGCGGGUCACGGGCGGAAAGUGGGCGGAGUGUUGCAGCGACGCAAGGCGUUGACGUCGCAGGAGGUCGCCGCGACGCCCGUGCGGAGGAAGAGUGCGGCGGCCAAUCUCGACGCGGUUACCAAGAAGCGGUUUGUGUGAGUCACGAUUUUACUCUUUUUUCACAAUCUUUUUUUUUUAUAUUGAUUUGUAUCGGUAUUUUUUUUUUUAAAUUUUGGAAGGGUUAUGUUAAUUAUGCCAACAGAGUCUGAAAUAUUAAAUAUCUCUAAGAGGAGUUUAUUUAAGAGCCAUCAGGUAAAUCGUGAUUUAAACCAGUUUUCUUGUGUUAUAAGUGAAUAGAGUCCGUUUCUGUGGGCACCUGCAUACAUAAAGGAGAAAGUACACUGUGUCCCAUUUUGAAUAAGAUUGAAGAUUAUUUCUGUCAUUUUUUAAGAUAUAGCUUUGCGUUUGUCGCGACCCUGUAUCUCAUUUUUGUAAAAGCCCCAAACUACUUUUGUUCCUGAAAUACAGGGCGAACGAGAAAAUGUUUACGUUUCGAGAUGUUUUUAUUUCUCAGACCCCGUAUAAGAUCGAAAAAAAAAAACGAAAAUUGCAAGGGCAGUGGCGUAUUUAAAAAAAAAAUUAGAGUACUGUUUUUAAAAAUUCAGAGAUUGGAGGGACACAAAGUCAAUGGUUUCAAAUUAUGUUUAUUUUUUUAAAACGAUUACACGAGUUUCGCCCUAAGGCAUCGUCAGAUCUAAAAGAAAAAAGAAGGCAACCCUAGUACAAAAACAACAAUGCAUAGACAUAAAUUACGAUGUUUAGAUAUGACUUACCGGUAGAUUAACACCACAAACAUUUAAGUUAAAACAAAAAUAAAUAUAAAUAAAAAAAAAUGCUGACGUUCACAUUAAAUCCGGUAUCAAAACUAAAUAAAAUAAAAGUAAACAAAACAAGCAGAAUGAGGUUAGGUUAAACGGAAAUAAAGCAAAAAACAAAAAGUGAACUAUGACUAUGGUCGAGAAAUGAACCAGCGACCAUCGGUUUCGUAGUCAAGCGCUAAACUUACGUGCUAUCCAGGUCGUGAUGAAUAUUGUUAAAAAUUAAAUGCUGUUCGAAGAAAAAAACAUAAUUUACACAAGACAGUACAGGACUCCUUUUUGCCUUUGUGAUCUCCAUCUUCUCUAAUAAGUCAAGCUUCUUUCCCUUGGGGCACUCACGAAGGACAUUUUCCGGGAUGGAAGGAAAGUGUUUUGAGCACAAUAAAUGACUUGCAAAAGCCGAUUUCGUCUCGGUGAUUUCGGUAUCUUUGUGUUUAUUAUAUUCUCUUAAGUGUUCCUGUACUCUUGUUUUUAUUUUCCUUCCAGAUUGACCAAUGUAAACGGCAUUACAGUCCCCGCAGUUAAAGAGAGUAGACUCCCGAUUGGGAUUUUACUAUUUUUAAGAUUAUGUACAAAGUUGGUAUUUUUGAAAUGAAACACCUUGAAUAUUUUAACGUCAUAUUUUUUUUUAAUACAUUGAUGUAUCACAACCUAAUCUUUAAUAAAUUGUAGCUUCACAAAGUAGAAAACUCCUUAGUGGAAUUUGCAAAGCAAAAAAAAAAGCUCAACCAAACCUGCUAUGAUUAAUCCAAAAUCGGGUUUUUUUCCUUUAAAUCCAUACUUAGGAACUCUCCUAUAAUAUUGUAAUAAACGUAUGGAAAUAUUUUUAGUAGCUUCCAAGUUAUGCGUAAAAAUGUCUCUGAUAUUGCAAUUUGCGUUCAAAUUUUAUGUACGCAUAAGCAUAAGUUUAAUAAUAGAUAAUAAGUCACUUGUUUUAACAACAUAAAAAAUCAUUAAUUAUUUUUUUGAAAAUUUAAAAAAAAAGCGUAAAAGUAGUGUCAUUUAAACCCCUGUAACUCAAAAACUAACGGUCGAACUGUCAUGAAAUUUUUCACGUAUCGUUUGGAGCAUAUUUCUGUCAACAGAAACACAUUAAUUAGACAAUAGUGGCUCCACCAGUUGGUUAGUCCCGGGACUUAUUGAUCCAUGUCUGUAUCAUAAAGGGUAACCCUAAAAUUGUGGUGGAUUUAAAAAAAUUAUUAAAAAAAAAACAGUUAUCCAGAUGUGCUCUACCGCGCUGCAAAUAUUCUGCAUAUUUUAAUUCUAAUUAAGGUAUUUAAUUCUAGACUGCUUAAUUGCAAUAUCUGUUAAAGAAUCGCGGUGGGAUACUGAUUUAGGUCAUACAAUCCGCCCUGUAACUAGUCCGUUAAUAACACAUAAAGGCUAUGGCUCAGGGCGGCUCUCAGUAACUACAUUCCGAACAAAAGGAUCCUCCAGUCUACAUUUAAAUAACAAAAUAUUGGUUUCGGUUAAGCUAAGAAAACGAAGAUUUGAAUGAGCCGUUGAAGGUCUGUCUGAAUUAUUUGUGACAGAGUCGGACGCAGAUGGUCAACGCAAUGCCAUGAAAUAGUUGUAUCGUCUGAAAAUAAUGUAAAUUUCCCAGAAAUAUUUAGCAAACUAAGAUUAUUAAUAACUAUCGGGAAUAAGAGUGGGAACUUAGAACUCAGCCUUGAAAAACCCCACAGUUCCUGUAUAAAAUUUCGGAUUGCGAUGAUCUAAUCCAAACUUUCUGACAACGAUCAGACAAGUAGGAUUCAAACUAAGAAAGCGAUAUACCUCGAAAGCCCUAUUGAAAGAGUUUCCGGAGGAGUAUUCCAUGAUUGACGCAAUCAAAAGCCGCUGAUAAAUCGCAGAAACCGCCGCAGCAAUCCCAUCUUUGUUAAUACCCAAAUAGAGACUCUACAAAAAAACUGAAAGUUGGAUCCAUUUGUGUUAUAGUUCUGCCUUGCCAGAGGCCAAAUCGAAGAAAACAAAUUAUUCGUAUCAAAAAUGAGAUCAUUCUGGCCUCGACUAAUUUUUCAACGAUUUUGUCCCCAACAUUUGCCGAAAAAAAUGUUCUUUUUGCGUAUGUCCUUGAUAAUGGACCAGCUUUCCUUUUGUCUUUUAGAUGCAUUAGCCAGACGGUUAAUAUUGAAAUAUUUAUAGAUUUGGAGAUUAUUAGUAAAUCUUCUAAUAUAACGUAAAGGGCGAAGAUGUUAAAACGGCAGCCUCCCUCGGGCCUGCUGUAAAUCAUGGUUUAUUAUUUCUUAUCUUUAUUCUCUUCUUUGGCACUACUUGCUGAAAGAUGUCAAUUAGUUUACUAUGGAAUGCACCCAGAGGGUCGAGUAACAACAAAACACUAGAACCCUGUCAUAGUUUGACGCACUAAAAACUCUACCCAAGCCUUUACCCCGCGUUGAUAACUGAGUAACUAAUGCUUUUGGAACAAAUAUUUGAACAUACAUAAUCUGAAUGAGAAAAACCGUGACUCACAAGUUGGACAUUCAACUUGCGUCUGCAGAUUAAAAGAUUUUAUUAAAAUAGUUAGUCUACAGAGUCUAAAUAAGAAAAGUAAGUGUAUGAGUAAAUUUGACUGCAGAUCAGUCGUAGUAUGCGGGGGUUUUAGCCAGUGUCAUUUAUCUUCUACCGAUUAGAUGGCAUAAAAGGGAGAAAAUCUAUCAAUACUUAAUUUGUAUGGACUUCUGUUGCAUUUUUUCUUAUUUUUUCUUAUUUCAACUCUAAUUUCCUUUAUACUUGCACCCGAAAUUCAAAAAUACCGAUACAAUUAACAAAAAACCGCAUUGGAUGUAAACUUAAUGUCAUUUUUUGUGACAUUUAGCGUCAUCCUGUCUGAUUUUAUCAAACCAUUUGUUAUUUAACAAUAAUUUACACUGUACAUGUUAUUUUUGACAUACAGCAUCUUUAUACAAGAACUUUGUACAAAUUUUAUAUAAUAUACCUGAAUAUUAGGAUUUUUUUGCAUGCAUACCGUUUUUUUUGUUUUUUUUUUUUAAUUUAAUUACAGACCUCUGAUUUUUUUUUCUUUAUUUCUAAAAGUAUCAUUUUUUUUAUUUGUUACUGCCUGGUAUUUUGUAAAAUAUAUUUAGUGUUAUAUUCAUUUGUUACGUUUUAAGGAUAUUUUUAAUUGCUAGUUAAGAUUUACCGUUACUGUAGCGCGUGUGCAUUAUGUCGUAGGAUAAUUUAUUUUAUAUUGAGAAUAAAGAUUUACAUCACUCGGACGAGGUUUCAUUAAAACACCCAAAUAAAUGUUUAAAAUGUAUAUAUAUAUAUUUAAAUUACACAAUUUAAUAUACAGGGUGUCUUAUGUGUCGGAUCUCCUGUACGUCGCAACACUAGCAAUAGAAUAUCAAACAGUUUGGCUUUAAGUUUAACAAUGCAAACACUGAAUUUGGCAAUUAUAUUGGUAAUAUUUUAUAUAAAUUUUGGCUUAUAAAAUACUGUAUUAAUGGAAUUUCAAAUAAACACACCGUUAUAUAAAACUUAUAGAAAUAAAUAC